CAUCGCCUUACGCUCCUUAGAAGGCGAGUGAUCUUGAAGUUUCUCCAGAAUGGACAGUUACUUCUCAGAUGCAUCAAGACGGCAGAGGCAGAAGGUCAUGGAGUCUUACAUUCAGCUGUUCUACUGAUGAGAGCGGUGGAUACCUCUCCAGCUCGCGAGGAGAAACAUUGCUUGGAAAGAGUCGGUGUUUCUUCGGCAUUACCGCGAGCAUCUUUGCCAAAACCUCGGGCUGUGCAAGCACGAGGCCGGUGGGCUUCAACUUGCCAAAAACAUGAACAUCCAAGUCUUACCAGAUCACAAGCUUUCGUCCGUUGCCCCUCUGAAACCGUACGACAAUGCGGAAAAGAACGAAGUGGAAUUAGUUCUGGCGAAGGACCGGAACGGGGCCCAGUGUAUAAACUCCUCAAUCGUCCCGUCCCCAAGCUCCCACGCUUGCCCUCCCGUCUCCAGUGAGGGCGAGGAGAGAGAAACUUGGGGCAAGAAAAUAGACUUUCUCCUAUCAGUCAUUGGAUUCGCAGUGGACUUGGCCAACGUUUGGCGGUUCCCUUAUCUAUGUUACAAAAAUGGAGGAGGUGCCUUUUUGAUUCCCUACAUUCUAUUUUUGGUGAUCGCUGGGAUGCCUCUCUUUUACAUGGAGCUGGCCCUGGGUCAGUACAACAGAGAAGGAGCUGCCACUGUGUGGAAGAUCUGCCCUGUUUUUAAAGGUGUGGGCUACACCGUGAUCAUCAUAGCGUUGUAUGUGGGCUUCUACUACAAUGUCAUCAUCGCCUGGUCCCUUUAUUACCUGUUCUGCUCAUUCACAAGUGAACUGCCCUGGCUCAAAUGUGGCAACAGCUGGAACAGCAUCAACUGCACUGACCCAAAGCUCCUCAGUGGCUCCUUCCUGGGGAACGGGACGUCAUACUCCAAGUACAAGUUCACUCCGGCUGCAGAGUUUUACGAGCGCGGCGUUCUGCACCUCCACGAAAGUAAAGGCAUCCAGGACCUGGGCCUGCCCCGCUGGCAGCUGGUUCUCUGCCUGAUAGUGGUGGUGUUCAUACUCUACUUCAGCCUGUGGAAGGGGGUCAAGUCCUCAGGCAAGGUGGUGUACAUCACUGCCACCAUGCCCUACGUGGUGCUGUUUGUGCUUCUGAUUCGGGGCAUCACACUCCCCGGUGCCAUGGACGGCAUCAGAGCCUACCUCCACAUCGACUUCAAGCAGCUCAACAAUCCCACGGUCUGGAUUGAUGCAGCAACUCAGAUAUUCUAUUCCCUGGGUGCAGGAUUUGGAGUUUUGAUUGCGUUUGCCAGCUAUAAUAAAUUUGACAAUAACUGCUACAGGGAUGCUCUCCUGACUACCACCGUUAACUGUGUGACGAGUUUCUUCUCUGGGUUUGCCAUCUUCUCUGUGCUGGGAUACAUGGCCUUCAAACAUGGAGUGAACAUUGAGGAUGUAGCCACUGAGGGGGCAGGCCUGGUGUUCAUCAUCUACCCUGAAGCCAUCUCCACUCUCCCAGGCUCCACCUUCUGGGCCAUUGUCUUCUUCAUCAUGCUCCUGACUCUGGGCAUCGACAGCUCUAUGGGCGGUAUGGAGGCAGUCAUCACAGGCCUCACGGAUGACUUCAAGAUCCUGAAGAGGAACAGAAAGCUGUUCACGUUCGCCACUGCGUUCGGAACAUUCCUGAUGGCCUUGUUUUGCAUCACAAACGGUGGGAUCUAUGUUCUGACCCUGCUGGACACCUACGCUGCAGGAACAUCCAUUCUGUUUGGGGUUUUGGUCGAGGCCAUAGGAGUGUCCUGGUUUUAUGGUGUGGACCGAUUCAGUGAGGAUAUCGAGCGAAUGAUGGGCUUUAAGCCCGGUCUCUACUGGAGGCUGUGCUGGAAGUUUGUCAGCCCCGCCUUUCUGCUGUUUGUGGUAAUCGCCAGCAUUGUGACAUCCACUGGGGCCAGGUAUGAUGACUACGUCUUUCCUCGAUGGUCCAAUGUGGUUGGCUGGGGAAUAGCACUGUCUUCUAUGCUUUUUGUACCAUUCUAUGCCAUCUACAAGUUCACCAGUGCCCCAGGAACACUGAAAGAGAAGAUAGCUUACUGCAUCACCCCUGAGCACGAACAUCACCUUGUGGCUGAAGGCAAUGUCCGGCAGUUCAAGCUGAAGCACUGGCUGGCCAUCUGAAGCAGAGAGACCUCCCUGUUACAGGAGAAAGUCAGCUACAGCACACACCAGCCUGACUCUUAGUACCCAGGGCCAGUGGUAUUCCCCGGAGAGAUCGGACAGGGUGAUGCCUGAUCUCUGCAUUUUGAAUGAUGUGCUAUCUGUGCUGUCUAUUUGUCUGUUUGGACAUUUUUUCUUGCUUAUUUUUUUGUAAACAUUCUAAAAUAUUUUGUUUUGUCCUUUUUACUUUUUUUAAAAAUGCAUUUCUCAAACCUUGUUAUUUUAAACGGAGAUACAGCUAGCUAAACAUAUUAUAUUUAUAUAUUGCAGCUAUAUAUUUACAGCUAGCUAGCUAGCAAGGAAGCUUCACCAUUUCAGGUCAAGAGAGUGAGAAUAUGUAACUCCUGUCCCCAAACUUUUUUUUGUCAUUCAACUUUAUUGAAGUAGAGGUUAGCGUUGUCCUCCAAAAUAUAAUUGACAAGGGCAAAUCACCAUCUGAAUUUCAGGAAGUUUAGAGAGAAAGAAGCCCGAAAAGUGUCCGAUGAGUAUGAUCCAAGUACCAUCACAUUGCCAGCAUGGUAUAGUCACAGACCCUUCUCUCCUGGCAUGAGUACAAAUUCAACUUAAUUUUGUGCUAUUGGUCUUAAUUCAGAAGGGAAGUAGCAUAUGUGUAUACACACACAGACAGGUGUAUAAUAUGCAUAAAUGCUCAAAGACAACCCGGAGUCCCAGUGGGUAAGACCUCAGGGUGGAUGUUGGUAUUUACAGUAGUAUGGGGGAAGUAUUUGGGUGGCCCUGUACAGUGACAGGCAGACAGGAUACCUCACUCUCACUUCCCUGCCCGAAAUCUCCCUCCCAGGGAUCCCAGCAUUUACUGUCUACUUGUAUAUCCCAGUAAUCAUGGUGGUUGCUGUCUGGCAGGGAGCGGCACCCAGCAGCUAAUCAGCUCAUAUGGCUUCUAAACAUUGGCACAGUCAUAUCUGUCAAUACAUUGUCAAUAUGCCUUCCUGUUGAACACUGAUGUGCAUAUGUACAUCACUGCCCCCGUGCCCCCUUUUGAAAUAGCUUCUUUUUUUCUUUUUUCUUUUUUUGAAAGGAGAACAAGUCAAGUGUGUCAGUGCCUUAUCAAACGGAACACUAAAACCCAUCCCAACUGUUCAUAGCUUUGCUGUCUCUUUUUAUUGAGCAAUUCGGAAAGAUUGCUUUUGUGGUGGUUCAGGCAUUAUUUGUUGCAGACUGUUUGGAAGUCUCUCCUGAGGCAGCUGGAGGUUCAUUUCUUUUGGGCUGAACUUCUCGUCUUCUUGUUUAAAGUGACAGGUCUGAUCUGCAACCCAACAGCUGCUCUUAUUAGCAAAUGCAAAUCAGCGGCUAUAUUCAGGCGCGUUCUCUUUCAUUUUACCAAGAGCUGCGUGACUUUCUGUAAAGAUACAUGUAAAGGCAACGGAAUUAUUAUUAUUAUUUUUUUAAGUGAAGUGAUGAUGCUAGCUUUAAAAAAAAAUUGGACAUUGGGGUACCUUGGGUCCAUUAUACUGUACCUACAACUGUCAGCCAUUUGUGAAUGAAAACUGUUCUUAUUGAUAGGAUUUAUAGUAUAUGAAAGAUUGCGGGUUACACCCUGACAUAAACUAUUUACCCAGUGCAAUGUUACACAUUGCAUAGAGUUGGCAGAGUAUCAUACUUACAGUGUGCUUUUCUUAGAGUGUAUCAGUUCAUUUGACUUCACUCCAAAAUCAACACAAGAUCAGUCUAUGUUUUGUGUGCUGCUGUUUUUAUAUAUAUUGUGACUACUUGCAAAACUUCAUAAGUUUCAUGGAAUUGUUGCAUUCAUAAGUGUCUGAUAAGGUCCAAAUGAAUUCAAUAACGUCACAACUAUUAUCCUUCUACUUCAAAUCUGAAGAUUCCAAACAGAAAACACAUUUUUGGCAAAACCACAUGCGUAAUAAACGUUUUUUCAGUUUAUUGCCAUUGUUUAUUUCAGUUCCAUGUUCAACAUUUAUUGCCACAUAAUUACAUUGUCUGCACUGCCUUGAUUUGUUCUCAGUUUUCUUCCAAAGACUGUAUGUGUGUGUGUAUGCGUGUAUCUAUGUAUGUUAAUGGGGACUAGAACUAUUUUUAUAAUUCUACAUCUCAGUCACAAAUUAUGCCUACCAUAUAUGUAAUCCAAAAGGUAUAUGAAUUACAUAAUCAGUCAAACUUUUUUUGUUCGAUUUCUUACAUUUCUAUUCAGAAGCAGUUUGGCCUGUUCAGUAGUCAACAAAAUGUACUUGCUGAGUACAAUUCUAUGGGACCUAGUUCCUUUUUUAUUUAUUAAAAUGAUGUUGUUUUCUAAAAUAUAGCCUCCAAAUAGACAGUAAAUAAACAAAUCACACAUGUAAGAAAUACAAAUAUAUUUGUGUUAUAAAUAUAAAUAUAUUCUUUUGUUAUGUAUAAUCUUAUAUUUAUCAAAUUGUUUAUAACAGAAUGUGAAUGUAAAAUAUUUUCAGCAUAGCUACUGACUGUUAUAUCAUGCUGUUUGAUGUACAAAUGUUUUAAAAAUGUAUGCUUCACUGUAAUCUGGGGCAACUUUGCCACAUGAAUGUUCAUAAAUAACAUGGAAUCACCGAACACUGUUUACAGGAUACUAUGUACAAGAUAAUGCCCUUCUGAACAUGACAGACUGUAAAGAUAAUUAACUCAAAAUGAUAACAUAAGUAAAAUAAAACACCAGUGGAUACACCCA